UGCUUACAAAUCUCCAAUUAAUAAGCUCAUAAUUUCUCUCUCUUUCUCUAUUAUAUUCUAUCUGUAUUUUUUAUUUUAAUUAUUAUUAUUUCCGACAGAGAAUGCUUUAUCUCACCUCCGACUCUUCAUCCGUGGUCUAAAAACAGAGAGAUCUUAGAAGAAGAAGACAAAAUCUUUACCACCAGAUCUUUCUGCUUCCUUCUCUUUCUUCCUUGUUCAUCUUUUACAGGUUGUCACAUCACUAUAAUCUCACCGAUACUCUCGGACCCCAAAAAGCUUUCUUUCUUUUUUUUCUUCUCAGAAAACUCAAUCCUUUAGUCCAUAUCCUCCGAUGAGGUGUAAGAGACACACCGUCGAUUUCAGCAGCACAAACGGCGUAUGCGCUUCUUGCCUCCGUGAACGUCUCCUCUCCCUCGCCGCUUCCGCCGCCGUCACAGCCGCCGUUGAAGAUAACAACAAUCGUAACCAAUCACGCAAAUCUAAGAACCCUCCUCCUCCUCCUCCUCCGCUUUUAGUCUUCCCUCGCUCUGUUUCUCCUUAUGUAACCCGUAGAAAAUCCGACGCCGGAGACGGAGGAGGUGAUCCUUCAACCACUUCUAAUCGGAGGUUCAUCACCACGCCUCAGGUAGAUCUCGUCGGAUACUCAUGCAAGGACUUGGAAUCGAAUCGGUCUCAUAAACCAAAAGAAGGUAAAAAAUUGUCUAGAUUCUCUAAUCUAUUCAGAGCUAGAUCUGAAGAUUUCGAUUCAAAUCCUAAAUCCAACAAUCCUAGAUUCUCUUGCGACGCGUCCGAGUCUUCGUCGUCAUCUUCACGGUCAUGGAUCUCGUCGAUUCUCUCCACCGGUCGCCGGAAAAAGCAACCGUGUUACAUAGAAGACGUAAUCGCAGGUCGCAGACCUCAACGUAUAUACUGUAGAGGAAUGUCACCUGCCAGAGAUACCGAACCGGAGCCAGAGCCGGAGCCGGAAUCAAUAGAUGAAUCGAGAAGAACACCGGCGGCGAAAACCCCGGGGAGGAGAAAGAUUGGGAGUGGGAUAGGGAAGAAGAGCAUGUCGGGGAUGGCUUUUUGUUUGAGUCCGUUGGUGAGAGCGAGUCCCAAUUGUCCGUUUAAACGGAAAAUGAGAUUUCCAUCGGAAUUCGGUAACUCCGGCGAUGUAACGGUGACGGAGAAGCCUCAUAUAUCAGCAGCGGCGUCGUUUUGCGCAAAUAGAUCGAAGAAGCUUGUGGAUUUAGGUCGAGUUGAUCGCCGCCAUUGAGUUUUGGGUGGUUUUAGUCUGGUCAACGUGUUCUGUUUGACUAGUGGAUUGGAUAGUAACUAUACAAAUUCACUCGUGGCUUUUCUAAAGAUGGAUUUUUCCAAAUCAAGCUUUUUAAUUGGCUUGAGGUGAAUAAUCAGAAUGGAAAAUAGUUUUUUUUUUCUAAAUACUUUUUUUACCAACUUGUAAUGUUUUGUUUCUGAUUGUAAUUGUAGAGUUUGAUGGCCUAAAUAGUUGUGCCUAAGAGGAGAUUCAGAUAAGCAAUGUAGUGUUUUUGUUUUUGUUUUUGUUUUAUGAGAAUUGUUAGAAACCUAUGAAAUA